AUGGCUGUAAACAUUGAAGCACAAUAUGCUGCACAGCAAAUCGACUUUGCCACACUAGAGCAGAUUUACAUUCCUAGAACACUGGAAGUAGGCUGGAUCCACUCUAUCCAAAGUGAAGGAGGUCAUGGCGAGGACUUUCGUCUGUUUGUGAUCGGUCACAAGCUCAAGCAUUGGCAGCGAACAGGAACUAUACCGUCGGAAAAGAAGGUCAUUCACGCAUGGGGAAAUACUGAUGCCAUCAGCCGAGAGCCAUUUAUUGUGAUUGCAGAAAGCGAACCAGAUCCACGUUUACACCGAACAAAUUUCGAAAACCAUGCAGCUCUGCUCACAUAUGCCGACAAACACGUCCGUCAGGAGGAGCACAAUGACUUUAGAGCUUUUGUAUAUGGAUGCCGGGUCACAGAUAUUCGACUACGAGCCGAAUUACAAGCCCAAACCCUCAUCAAUAGAUGGAAGGAUAGAACUCCUGCUGAGCACACCCAUUACAUAACCCGUGGAAGACAAUUCUACGAGAGACACGUCGUACAGUUCCCACAUCUCCGUCCUGCAGGCGCCGGCGACCAUCUGUACACCAGGGACCCAAUCCCAAAAGCCACAAUGUCAGACAUCGCCUUCGUAAACCUACACGACCCACGACCAGCUAACGAGCCCAAAAAACCCGCCGGCUCGCGCUGGGUCUUCGAGCGAACGCUCAUGCAAGUGCCAGAGGCGACAUUCGGUGACUACCAGACCCAGCGCAUUGUGCAUCUGUUCGUGCUCGUGUCUGCAGAUCAUAUCAUCUUAAAGCGAAUGGUUGUCAAGAUAACCGGCUCACUGACAACCCGCGACGUCGAGAAAAAUCUCAACCGCGAAUACGACAAGGCGCAUAAGAAGCUCUCUGACGUACCUUGCCCGCAUAUCCUCAAAGCGUACGGGUCAGCUAUUCGUCGAAGAACCAGCUCACCGCAGCUCGGCUAUAUCUUCAUGGAGUACGCUGAGCAUGGUGAUCUGGGGGAUUAUCUGGCGAAACAUGCGGUUGUGAAUCCGGGUAAACAACUCCCCGAACCCUUCUUAUGGCUCGUAUUUCGCGCAAUGGCUGAAGCCGUGUUCGUCAUGGCGCUGGGAAGACCAGUGCCUAAGCACCUACCGUUGGAUAGUUACGGGGAGGGCUUGAAUCUGAAGCCUGUUGAAGGAUGGAAGCCCAUCAUAAACCCAGAUAUCAAAACCUACAACAUAGUCUUCGCAGCACCACAGCCAGACUACUACCCUGCCUAUCCAACCCCCAAAAUGAUUGAUUUCGGCCUCUGUUUCAACGACGACUGCUUCUUUGAGAAUCCACAGUACAAGGCGCUCGGUGUCGGUACUAACGGGUUUGGUCCACCGGAACACGACUACAAAAACUUCCCAGACUACCGCAACCAACCCAUCGACAUCGCCUCUGAAAUCUUCAACGUCGGCCUCAUCAUGCUCAACAUGAUGGAACCCUGGGUCUCGCGCGGCAUGACCAGCACCGAGCACUCCCAACUCGGCUUCGAGCACCAUGAAAACUAUUCCUACAGCUACUCUAGCCGCCUCGAAGAGUUGGUGUUCCGCUGCUUGGAAUUUCCCCGGCGCAAGCGACCCGCGCUCACCGAGGUGCUGUACUUCACGCAUGUGGGGGUGAGGGAGUGGGAGAAUGCAUAUGGGAGUGUUAAUAAGACUAAGGAGAAUUUGCUGGGGUUUGCGAAGGUGGAGGUGGAUGGGGUGGAGGAGGAGGUCGCGGUGGGAAAGGUGGCGCCGAGACGGUGGAAGGGGAUGAGGGAGAGGAGGGAGAAGGUGGCGGGGCGGGGGUGUGUGUUGAUGAGGAAGGCGGAGGAGGCGGGGGUUUUGGAGGGUGAGAGGGCGGCGAAGAGAGUGCGGUUUGUGUCGGGGGCUUGA